GAUCGGAUGUUACCUCUUCCAAAUCUAGCUCCAACUUGGAUUAUACUUACUCGAUGGUAGAUGCUUUCGUUCCAUUAGGAGACGGCAAUAAUCAAUGUUCCUGUAAGAGGGGACCUCAAGGUGAAAUUGGUGCCACUGGACCCCAGGGACCUAAGGGCGAGCAAGGCGAUAGAGGAGCAAAAGGGCCGAAGGGUGAUAAAUGGUCAAUCGAUUUCCUUUUAUUAUUAUUAGCUGAUCUCAGACACGAUAUAGUUCAUUUACAGAAACGAGUGUAUACUAAUGAAGAAGAUCCACCAAAAUUUGAUUUCGAAACGGUACUUAAGAAAAAAAGAUUCAAGCAGAAGAAUAGAUUUUUGCAUCAUAAAAAGGUUUUGGAGGGCUUCGCCAAACCAUCUACCGUCAUGAAUAGAGAUGAUAUUUCAACAGAAAAUGAUCAACCGAUCAAUGUUGAGAAAACUUAUGAUGUGGUGGAAGAAUUUCGUGUUGAUGAUCAACCAACGAUCAUAAGGAAGACUCUUGAUGAUGUUCAGCAAUUAGGAGAUGAUGAUUUCGAAAUCAACGAGGAAGAUGUUGAAGAAUAUGAUGAUUUCUCAGGAGAUAUGGUUUACGAUGAUUAUUUAUGAAUGUUGUCAUUUAUGAAUUCAGUAAAUAGUUACUAAAACCCACACUUUGCAUCAUAUAAUAUUGAAUUCUGGUCAUCUACAUUUGUACAAAAUAAUCAACACAAUUAUAAACAGUUGAAUAUGUAUUUGAACGAAAAUAACACACUCAUGCCAAAUGGUAUCAACUAAUAUUCACACUUCAAAGUUACGUUUUCAAUAAUUUCUAGUUUGCACAAGUUUCAACGAUAGAAGUUUGCCACUAUUCUGAAUACAAUGAAAAUUCUUCCAAAAAAGUAUUUAUCAUAACACAAGAGUUGACUUGGAUCAGUUUUUGUUAAAUUUAGUGUCUUAUUUCAUAUUAUAUAAAUAUAUCAACAAGUUUUCAAUAAAGAACAGAAAUCAAAACUCA